AUGCGUUCGAUUUGGAUCGCUGCAAUACUUUUCUCGUUCAUUACUGUAGGAAGAUCUGAUGUAAGUCGACAGGCAACAUUGAAAAAUCAAACAGGUGAAGCUCAUCGUUAUUACUGGAAUCAACCGUAUGAGUUACCACAAUGGCAAGCACAAGGUUGGGCAUUACCACAAAACUGGAUGCAACCACAAGGUGUUCCACCAUCACAAGGAUGGGCUUUACCACCAGGAGGAAUACCAAUGCCAGGAUGGGUACCAUCACCAGUACAACCAAGUCGACCACAAUUUUUAUGGACUCUUUUUGACGAUAGAAAUGUGUGUACAUUGGAUGCAACGAUAUUAGUUGUUUUGGAAAAUGAUGAAUCAACUGCAGCAGGUACGAAUGUUAAUGCGCAUUCACCAUCUUCAUAUUACAGUACUGAUUUAUCCUCCAAUGCAGUAAGGAUGGCAUGUGCAAAUAUAGCGACUACAUCCGCACAAGCAUGCACAUCUUGCUGCAAAAUGUCUUGCAAACAUUACACCGUAAGCACGGGAGAUGUUUAUGGAUUCCUAAUAAAUUCAACAAGACUCAUUGCCGGUCAAUUUCCAGAUAUCACGUUACCAUCAUUUCAACGAAUGGUUAGCUUCUCAAAUGCAUCAUUAAUUCGAGAAAAAAGUCCUCAAAAGACACUAUAA